AUGAGUGCAAAACUUGGGGGUAUCACUUCGGUGAUGAGCAAUGAAGAGAUAGAGAUUAUUCAUGAGCAAAAGAAGAUUGAAAGUGAGUCAGAACCUCAGGGGAAAUGGGCAAGAUUUUUCAAGAAGCUUGAAGUUCCUCACACGGGCAAACCACUAUCUGUCUUAAGAAACCCUGAUCUUGAGCCGAUUAGUGUUGAAGACAGAACAUGGGGAUUCUGGUCCUUUUUCGCUUAUUGGGGGCUUCCUAACUUUGCAGUUGCUACAUUCUCAACUGGUUCUGCGUUACUUGAUCUCAACUUAAACAUACAACAAUCAAUCGGUGCAUUGGUGAUUGCUAAUGUACUCAUUGCAGUGGUAACUAUUAUGAACUCAAACCCAGGCAUCAGAUGUCGUAUUGGAUAUACGUUAGAUCAAAGAAUGAUUUUUGGAAUUAGGGGUUCUUUCAUCGGAAUCAUAUUCCGUGUUGGUUUAUCAGUUGUUCAAUAUGGAUAUCUCGCUUGGUUAGGAGGACUAUGCACCAACAUGAUAUUUAGUUCCUUCUCGUUAAACUAUUUGAACAUGAAGAAUACUUUUCCUAGCUCAGUUCCAAUGGCCAAAAGGGAUUGCAUCUCUUUCCUGAUAUUUCAAAUAAUCCAAAUGCCAUUAGCAUUUGUUAAACCAAGGAAAGUGAAUAUACCCUCCAUCAUUUCCUGCUUCAUGACACUAUUUGCCAUCAUUGGUAUCAUGGCCUACCUGAUAUCGAAAAAUGGGGGACCAGGCCCUCUUUUCUAUAAGAAAGUUGACCUUUCUACUUCCGAAAGAUCAUGGAUGUGGUUAUAUGCUAUCGCAAUUUGGUACUCUGGUGUUUCCGCAGGUGUCGCUAAUCAAUCUGAUUAUUCUCGUUUUUCAUCUAAUUCAAGGGCUUCAUAUUUGGGACUAUUCUUAGGGAUUGUCAUUCCUGGUACCUUUGUCUCCUUGGCAGGUAUGCUUUGUGCAUCCGCAUGCUUGAAGUUAUAUGGUACCGCUUAUUGGACUCCAGAUGAAAUUGUAGCUCAAUGGUUAAAUGAUAACUAUAGUUCCAAAGCUAGAGCUGCGGCGUUUUUCAUUGGAAUUUCCUUCACGAGCUCGCAGGUGUUCCUAAACAUGACUCAAAAUGGUUACGCAUGUGGCUUUGACCUAACAGGCCUUGCUCCCAAAUACAUUAAUGUUACUAGGGGUACACUAUUUUGCCAAUUGAUAUCUUGGGUUGUUCAGCCUUGGACUUUUUUCAAUACAGCUUCUUCAUUCUUAAAUGUCAUGAGUUCCUUUGGUAUCUUCACUAGUCCUAUCAUUACGAUCAAUGUUAUCGACUUCUAUAUCAUUCGCAAACAGAAGGUGUCCUUGUUAGAUUUCUUCACUCUCUCACCCCUUGGUACUUAUUGGUAUUGGAAGGGUAUUAACCUUCGGGCUGUUGCAGCACUUAUUUGUGGUGUUACUCUAGGUUUACCUGGCCUAGCAUAUUCUGCAAAUACCCAUAUUAAAGUCAACCAACCUAUGAUGAAUUACUACUACGGGUACUUCUUUUUCAUCCCAUUAGUUACCGGGUGUGUUUACUAUGGUCUAAAUCUUAUAUUUCCACAUAAACACAAUAGACAAGGAGAAAAUGAUCCAAUUGAUUACUUUAACUGUUUCACUGAACAAGAGCGUUUGGAAAGAAACAUGGUUGCAUUUGAUAACUCAAAGGGUGAUGUAUACCAAUACUUAGAUGCGGAAGAGAGUUCAAUGAAUGACUUAAAUGAGGUGAACGAAGUCAUUAAUAGUGAUAAAGCAGAGAAAUAG